CCCGCUCGGAGCCCCUGGAACAGCUCGCUCGGGGCCUCGACAAUAGCCUGCUCGGAGCCUCAGGAACAGCCCGCUCGGAGCCUCAGAAACAGUACGUUUUGAGCCUGGGGAACACCCCGCUCGGAGCCUCAGGAACAGUACGUUCGGAGCCUGGGGAACAGCCCGCUCGGAGCCUCAGGAACAGCCCGCUCGGAGCCUCGGGAACAGCCCGCUCAGAGCCACGAGAAAAGCCUGCUUGGAGCCUCGGGAACAAUCCGCUCGGAGCCCCGCGAACAGUCUGCUCGGUGUCUGGGGAACAGCCCACUCAGAACCUGGGGAACAGUCCGCUCGGAGCCCCGGGAACAGCCCGCUCAGAGCCCCUGGAAUAUCCCGCUAGAAGCCCCCGGGAACAGCCUGCUUGGAGCCUCGGGAACUGCCCGCUCGGAGUCCGGAAAACAGCCCGCUCGGAGCCCCUGGAACAGCUCGCUCGGGGCCUCGACAAUAGCCUGCUCGGAGCCUCAGGAACAGCCCGCUCGGAGCCUCAGAAACAGUACGUUUUGAGCCUGGGGAACACCCCGCUCGGAGCCUCAGGAACAGUACGUUCGGAGCCUGGGGAACAGCCCGCUCGGAGCCUCAGGAACAGCCCGCUCGGAGCCUCGGGAACAGCCCGCUCAGAGCCACGAGAAAAGCCUGCUUGGAGCCUCGGGAACAAUCCGCUCGGAGCCCCGCGAACAGUCUGCUCGGUGUCUGGGGAACAGCCCACUCAGAACCUGGGGAACAGUCCGCUCGGAGCCCCGGGAACAGCCCGCUCAGAGCCCCUGGAAUAUCCCGCUAGAAGCCCCCGGGAACAGCCUGCUUGGAGCCUCGGGAACUGCCCGCUCGGAGUCCGGAAAACAGCCCGCUCGGAGACCCGGGAACAGCCCGCUCGGAGCCCAGGGAACAGCCCACUCGGAGCUUCCGGAACAGCUCGCUCAGAGCCCCGAGAAGAGCCUUCUCGUAACCCCUGGAAUGGCCUGCUCGGAGCCCCAGGAACAGCCUGCCCGGAGCCACGGGAACAGUAUGCUCGGAGCCUCGGGAACAGCCCGCUCGGAGCCUUGGGAACAGCCCGCUCGGAGCCUUGGGAACAGCCCGCUCGGAGCCUCGGGAACAGUAUGCUCGGAGCCCCAGGAACAGCCCGCUUUGAGCCUCGGGAACAGUAUGCUCGGAGCCCCAGGAACAGCCCGCUAGGAGCCUCGGGAACAGCCCGCUCGGAGCCUCGGGAACAGCCCGCUCGGAGCCUCGGGAACAGUAUGCUCGGAGCCUAUGGAACAGCCCGUUCGGAGCCUCGGGAAAAGUCCACUCGGAGCCUCGGGAAAAGUCCACUCGGAGCCUCAGGAACAGUCCGCUCGGAGCCUCGGGAACAGUCUGCUCGGAGCCUCGGGAACAGUCCGCUCGGAGCCUCCGAAACAGCCUGCUCGGAGCCCCUGGAACAGCCCGCUCGGAGCCCCUGGAAAAGCCCGCUCGGAGCCUCGGGAACAGCCCGCUCGAAGCCUCAGGAACUGCCCGUUCGUAGCCCCGGGGACAGUCCGCUCGGAGCCUCGGGAACAGCUCGCUCGGAGCCUCGGAAAAAGUCCACUCAGAGCCUCAGGAACAAUCCACUUGGAGCCUCGGGAACAGUUUGCUUGGAGCCUCGGGAACAGUCCGCUCGGAGCCUCUGGAACAGCCCACUCGGAGCCGCGGGAACAGUCCGCUUGGAGCCUCGGGAAUAG